AUGUAUGGAGCAGUGGAAUAUUUUGGGCCUUUGCACCUGCUUGUUCCCUGCCACCCUGCCACGCCGCCACACCAAAAUCCACCCACACCAACCUUCUGCUACCCUGCCACACCAACACCCUGCCAGUGUUACACCAACCUCCUGCCACCCUGCCACACCAACACCCUGCCACACCAACACCCUGCCACUGUCAUACCAACUCCCUGCAGUCUUUCCACACCAAUCUCCUGCCAUCCUGCUACACCAACACCCUACCACCAUAACACCCUGCCUCGCCAACACCCUGCCAUACGAACACCCUGCCACACCAACAGCUUACCACCCUGCCACCAUAACACUUUGCCAGCUUCCCACAUCAACACCCUGCCAUCCAUGUCACCCUGCCACACCAACAACCUAUCACUCUUCCACACUAGCACCCCCAAUAUGCCCCAAUAA